AAAGAACUCCUUGUCCUGGAUGCUGCGCGUAUAACUUUUCUGAACAAAAAGCGCAAUCGAGUCAUCUGCAUGGCUUUCCCGGUGCGUAAAGGCCCUCAGAAUUAGAAAAUGGGAGAGAAGAGGGGGGAGACAGAACGCAAUCAAAAGUCUACGCGAUAUGGUCUAUGUCUGCUUCUCUGCCUCUCUCCUGCUUUCUGUUGGAGAUGGGAAUAGAACGACGAUAAGAUCAACACCAUGGAGAGAAAGGGCUAGAGGGAAGACUACAACGAAAAUACUCGUCCCCGCGAAGAAAUGGGCGUGCGCUUGUAAGAACAACUGGUUGUCUAACUAUGUAGUCUUGACCUUUUUCUACGAAAAGCUCCUUCUUGAUUGCGCUUUUAUAUCUAUCUGCACGCUUUCUACAUGGUGGGACUUUACAAAAACGCCUAUGUAUCUUAGGUCUCCGCGAAAACAGGAUGAAGUUAGGUAUAUGUGCUUGGGAUUUUCUCUGUCUGGGAUUAUCAGCUGUUACUUCAUGAUUCUUAUGUCUGUCUGUUUCGGGCAAGCACACGCAAAAACCUUACAAAAAUGCCAGAUAUGUCUGGUCUGGUCUGGCCUGUCUCGAACGCGAUCUUCUACAGCUUUCGAAAAGACGGUGGAUAGCAGGGCAUUUGCCUUUUCUGGAAAUGCACUUGGGCUGUUGAGUUUGGGGUACUUGCCGCGGCGUCUGCAGACGUGAAUGAUGAAGAAUGUGUUAUUUUCUCUGCUAGAAUCACGAUAUCUGCAGGCUUGGGUGGGAUAUCGUGACCAGAGG